GCAACGAUCACGCCUCGCUCCUCAGAGUCCGCAGUGUGAGGCCGUUGUCUCGCCGAUCGUUGAGCCGUGCAGGAAAAAAGCAUCUCCAAAAUUCAUAAUCGGAGAGAGUAAGGAAAGGUGUAGGUAGUAGUGAUCAUGGCGGAUGCUAUUAUUUCAGUUGUGGUGGAGAGAGUUGCGGAUAUAUUAGUAAAUCGGAUUCAAUAUGAAGUCAAUUUGGUGAGAGGCAUGGACGAGGAGCUUAUCGAUCUUUCCGACAAGCUCAAGACAAUCAAAAAUGUAUUGGCCGAUGCAGAAAUAAGAGGAGUGAACGAUCAAAGCAUCAAAAGUUGGUUGAAGAAGCUUGAAAAUACAGCUUAUGAGAUGGACGACAUUUUGGAUGAAUGGAACUACUCUCUUCUCAAACAUAACAUGGAAACUUCUGCUAAUCAAAAAGUGGGGUGCUCCUUCAUCCCAUCUUCAAGUUUAUGUUUUAAGAAAGUUUUUGUUCAUCGUGAAACUUCCAAGAAAAUAGAACAUGUGAAAGCCACGCUUGAUAAGAUCCUAAAGGAGAGAAAUGAUUUUAAUUUUGUCAUCUCUCGGGCUGCAACUGAUCACGUGCCCAACUCUUGCCAUGUUCAAACCACAUCUUUAGUUGAAUCUGAGAAAGUUUUUGGGUUGGACGUAGAGAGGAAUAAGAAUGAUGUAGUGAAAAAAAUGUUGAAUGAUGGUAAUACCCAAAUUCUGUCUAUAGUUGGGACGGGGGGACUUGGGAAAACAACUCUCGCUCAACUUAUUUAUAAUGAUACUCAAGUAGGGGGAUGUUUUACAAGAAUAUGGAUUUGUGUUUCUGAUCCCUUUGACGUGGUUGUGAUUGCUAAAGGAAUUGUUGAGAGUGUGACAAAAGAGAUUAUUCCUCCAAAUAUGAUCCAAUUGGAGAUGGUGCUAGAGAAACUUAGAGAUUGUAUUUCAGGAAAGAAGUUUCUUCCUGUCCUUGACGAUGUUUGGGAACAUAAUUACAAUAAGUGGGAGCCCUUGAAAAUCAAUCUCAAAUAUGGUGCACCGGGUAGUAAAAUUCUAGUAACAACAAGAAAUGAAAGGGUGGCUAAGAUGAUGGGGGCCCUAGACGGUGAUAUCUAUCGCCCAAAGCCACUUAGUGAUGAAGAGUGUUGGUCACUAUUGCGUCUAAUAUCCCUUCAAGGACAGACCGAUGCGAAAUAUAGAAAAUUUGAGGAUGUUGGCAAGAAAAUAGCUAAUAAGUGCAAGGGACUGCCUCUUGCUGCAAAUGUUUUGGGAAGACUUUUGCAGUUCAAGACUAGUUUGGAAGAGUGGGAGCAUGUGGAGAAGAGUGAAAUAUGGCAACUGGAGAUGGUAGAAUUAGAGCUUUUCCCUCAUUUGGUUUUAAGCUACAAUGAAUUGUCCCCGGCUCUUAAGCGUUGUUUUUCAUAUUGUGCUGUCUAUCCUAAAGAUCAUCAAAUUGAUGCAGAGAGACUCAUAGAAGAGUGGAUGGCAUUGGGUUAUUUAGGAUCUUCUAGUGAAAACGGUGGAGUGGAACUCAGAGGGCGAGAGUACUUGAACAGUCUAGCGAUGCGUUCUUUGUUUCAAGACAUUUUGGAAAGUGAUGGACAAAUAAAAUGGUGUAAAAUGCACGAUAUAGUACAUGAUUUUGCUCUAUUUCUUAGAAAGAUUGAUGACAGAGAAGAGGGUGCUAAAAUAACAAAAAAAAGAUGUCAAGUUUGUAAUCCUCUUUUAGUUUCUCAAGCUCAAAAGUACCGUAGCUUAAUCUGGGAUGAGAGAAGGCAUCCCCGUCUUUGUAACUGCGUGACAAGUGUUAGGGUGUUAAGGUUUGGGUGGCGUGCAAAUGGUUUUCUUCCAAAGGGAAUGGAAAAGUUGAUUCAUUUGAGAUGGUUGGAUUUUAGUUGGACUACAUUGUCAAAGGAUGGCCUCAAAAUCAUAUGCAGCCUUUAUUUCUUGCAAACCCUUCUCUUAUCAGGGUGCAACAUAACAGAGAUUCCACGAGAAAUUGAGAAUUUGGUCCAGUUGAGACAUCUUGACUUAAGCAGGAAUGCAGAAUUAAAGGAUUUACCGGACAGAAUGUACAGUUUGGUUGAACUGCGAACUCUUUCCUUAGCAUACUGCUCACUUGAAGAGAUUCGGGGAGAAAUUGGGAAUUUGGUUCAUUUAAGACGACUUGACUUAAGUGAGAAUACAAAAUUAAAGGAGUUGCCAGACAGUAUGUAUAGUUUGGUUGAAUUGCGAACUCUUUCCUUAGCAAGCUGCUCUCUAGAAGAGAUUCCGGAGAAAUUGGGAAUUUGGUUCAGUUAAGACGACUUGACUUAAGUUGGAAUAAAAAACUAAAGGUGUUACCAGAGAGCAUUGGUAGUUUGGCUGAACUGCAAAUCUUGAAUAUUGACGGCACAGGUCACCACCGUUUGCCUCGAGCAGUAGAUCAAUUAAGUGCAUUCAAGGUAGGAGGAAUUCAUU